AUCAGCUUUCGUUUCUUCAUUCCACUUUAAGAUUUGAAACUUGAUUGGAAAUUUUAUUUCAACCCAUCUGACGUCCAAUGGAAAUACUUGCUUUAACACAUAGAAGAUAACUCCUAGACACAUUUCACAGUGUUUUAUAUUUCGAUAUUUUAGAUGUCAAAUGUCAAAAGAGACAAUAAGACAUAACAAUGGCCAUGGAUUAUUUUAGAUUUUGCGUAUUUAUUUUUUUAACACAGAAAUCGAUAAACGGUGCAAUUUCUAUCAAAGGCUCUGGCUCGCUCAAUUUAAAUUCGCAUUUUUUAUUGGCAUGUCAAAUCAGCACCUUUGCAGGCCCAGCAACAUGGAGUAAUUCUAAUAUGGAACGUAUCUCCUGUCACAAUGGCGGUUUUUGUGAUCUAAAGACUAAAAACAAUUUCAAGUUUUCUGGAAAUACUUCUGGUAUCUUUGUGAUAAUAGACCCUUUGCUAAAGAAAGACGAUCACAUGACGUGGACGUGUUUUUAUGAUUCUACGAACAUUUCUUAUACAGUUAAAAUACAUUCAUCAGUUUCAUCUUGCCAGUCAGGUUUAAAAACAGGAGAAAUUGCUGGCAUCAGUGUAACAGCAACUGUAUUAGUUAUAGGAGCACUAAUUGUAGGACUGUAUUAAUUUAAGCGAAGAAUUUCAAAAGAACCUGCUUAAUAUAUGGCUUAAAACACAGGUACAGAUGAUGAUACGUCAGCAUAUAAACGAGAAAAAUUGAAGAAACCACCAUCGUUUCCUCAUGAGAACGGAGUGUAUAUGCAGUAGAAUAUGUCUUAGUUCUUGCGUUGUGUGUCCCUAUAAUGAUAACUAGCUAUUUUAUUAUUGUUUUAACAUAUUGAUUGAUAUACAUUUUACCCAUAUCCUCAGCGAUUGUUAUCAUCUUACAUCCAGAUCAUGUAAAGUUAUGGGCAUAGAAAACUCUAGAGGAGAUAACCGAAUACAAGAUAAUAUCUAUCCGUUUCAGAAACCAAAAUGAGGGACUACUAUGCACAAUGUAAAGAGCACACUGGAUAUAGAGCUAAGUUGUUUACAACAUCACUAUUCUGGAGAGAAUAAUGUCAUCUGAGAUCUGUUAUCAUAUUUUUACCAUUGUUUUGAAA